AUGCACCUCUCCCAACUGCUGGCCUGCGCCCUGCUGCUCGCCCUACUCUCGCUCUGGCAAUCCGAAGCCAAGCCCGGUGUGCCAUCGAAGGGCCCGCGAACCCCGCUAGGGGAGGUGGCAGCCGCGUCCCAGGCUGAGAGCGGCGGUCAGAGGAAGCGCGGUGCCGUCAGCUUCAGGGGCAGCCGGUUCCAGGACACCAAGACUCGUUGGACCCGCCUUCGCAGAAAAUACCCCAGUUCGGGCAAUAACUGCUUCGGCCAUAAGCUGGACCGGAUCGGCGCCCAUAGUGGCUUGGGAUGUUAG